AUGGGCAAAGGUUAGGUAACGGAAAUUUGGGGGUUUAGAUCUAAAAUUAAAGGGCAAAAUACUAAAAUUAUUAUUAAAAGACAACAGGCCUAAUGGGCAAAAUUAGGGCCAAGUUUUAAUAGAGAGAAGGGGUAGGGGGGUAUAUUAGUACAAUUUAUACAAGCACACUUUUCAAAUUAAACUUUUUUUAAGUUUGGGAUUUAGUUUUGUAAUGAGACCACAGGGAUUACCUGAAGAUGAAGGGCGUAUUUUACAUUAGUUUAUUUUAGCAGCCUGCGUGCGGGUGACAAGUUAUACGAAGGCCUAUUAUUUUAUGUUUUUGCAAAGCUUUAAGGAAAGGUUUUUGUCAUUUUUUGUUUUGUAAAGAAAGUUUUUACCAAUUUUUUGUUUUUUAAGGAAAGUUCAAUUACAAAAAUUGUGUCUUGUGCAGAUUGCGGGUGACAAGUUAUACGGUGAAUAAGAUUUUCCAAAUCUUAUUCCGUAAAUACAAUUUUAUGAAGUUGUUUAUUUUCUAAUGAAAGAUUUUGCCAUUUUGUGGCUUUGUAAAUAAAGUUUUAGCUAUUUUAGCUUAAGGUAGCUUUUCAUACAAAAAAUUUUAAAUUUAUUCAUUUUAAGGCGUAUUUUGAUUCCGCGUUUUUUAUUAUUAUAAUUAAUGGUUGCUUCCGCGAAAUGUAUAUUUGUAGCCUUGAUUAAAAUAAAAAUUAUUUUUUUAUAAUUAAAACUACAAUAUUUCAGGUUUUUGUUUCUGUUAUUGUUAUCUUAAUUAAUAUUUAAUCAUAUCACCCACGUUCCGAACACAUUGUUUACUACACUAUCUAUACCUACUGGUAUCUACUACCUACUACCAUACUUCCUACCUAAACCUAAAAUUGUAUUUCCAUUAUCUACUACUCAAGCCUAUACCUUGAAGCAGUUAUUUUUUUAUGUAGAAUUACUCUACAUAUAGACCAUAUACUGUAAUAAUUGUACUUGUCUAUCUUUAUAUGUAAGGCUACCUUAGCCUUCUACCUUUACAUCUACAGCUAUUAACUCUAUAAUCCACCCUCAAUUUACCCCUACCCAAGCUACCUUUCAAACUGGCCGAAAACCAGCUCAGCUCCAAUUCAAAUCCAGCCAAACUAAUCAUUAGUCUAGCCGAAAUCAAAAAAGAAGCCACGACGACUAUUGCGCAACAACCUUCAGAUGCCUGGCCUCGGCUGGGUACCCAGUCCAAUCCGACGACUGCGACCAGUUCUUUCGAUGAAGCCAGCUCAUCCAUCUCAUUGCCAAACCCUUCACCUGAUCUGGCCAACCUACAUGAUCUCUCACUACAAAGUCCACAGGAGUCGACGGCUUAUAAAAGUCCUGGGGCGAGGUAGGGAGGUUUUUAAAGAUUUUUUUUUGAUUUUUUAGGUUUUGCUUUACCUAAUAUGUUGGGUUCGGCUAGGCUUAGGAUUCCUAUGUUGAUUCUGUUUAUAUGUACUAGAGCAUCUUUACUAAAGACUGAUCUUUUAUGUUCUCUAUUAACAGUUUGCUAAAUUCUGAAUCAAAAAAUUUGGUCGAAAUUGGUUUAGCGAACUCAAACCUUUAUUUAUCGUAAAUAUACGGUAGAAAAAUGGUUUUAUUUUUAAUUGUGUCAUAUAAGCAAUAAAAGUUUUUUCAAAACAAUUGUUCUGAUGCGGUUUUUAUAUGCUUUACUUGAUGGUAUGCUUAGGUAAGCUUAUAUUUACUAGGCCUAUACUAUGCUGAUUAAUUAGUCUUAUAGUACGCUGAUUGGCUAGGCUUAUACUAUGUUUAUGAUAGGAUAGCCUUUUUAAUACUAUACUUGAAGUAUAAGAGGGUUCUAGGCUAGGGCUCUGGGCUAGCGCUUCGGGCUAAGGCUCUAGACUAGGGCUCUGAUCUAGCGCUCCGGGCUAAGGCUUUAAGUUCAGGUUCUAAUCUAGAACUCUGGGCUAUUAUGGGUUUAUUACCUAAAGUUUUACUUAUACUUAUUAAAUUAUUAUUGCGUUAUGUUUCAGUGUACAAAAUGAAGAAAAACCCAUGGUUAGUCAAGGACGAAGCUCUUCUUUUUGUCAUGCCAUGAUGCCUGCACGUAAGAUUUUUUAAAAUUUUUUUAAUUUUCACUUUUAGAUUUUCAAGUUCUAUAUUUUUUUAAAUUUUUUGAUUUUUCAAAUUUUUUAAAAAUUUAAAAUUUUUUAAAAGUUUUUCAAAUUUUUCAAAAGUUAUGUCAAUUUUUGCAUUCUAGGAUCAGUGCUAACCCGACGAGUAUGGCAAUCAGAGCAACGAGUAUCGAUGAAUCGAGAGAUUGUGAAUCGAGAAAUUGAUUUAUAUAUGGAAAUCGAAAGGAAAACGUCGGAUGAAUGUGAUCGAAAGGUGGAUGAACUGGCGGCUCAAAUCAUUCAAAAAGGGCCUCCAAUUAGGUCACAGAGUUUGGUCGAAAAUGUAAGAUUACUGUAGUUUUUACGUGAAAAAGGGUGGACUUUUAAGAUUUUAAGAACAAAUGGCAUGAACUUUUUUACAAGCCAUAAAAUGGCAAGAACUUUCUUUACAAAGCGAGUAAUUUUAAAAAUUUUAUUUACAAUACCAGAAAAUUGAAAAAAUGUUAUUUAUCGUAUAACUUGUCAUCCGCAGCCCGCAAAACUCAAAAUUUCAGUUGUUUCUCAUACAAAUGACAAAAACUUUCUUUACAAAACAAAAAAUGGCAAGAACUUUCCUUACAAAACAUAAAAUGACAAAAACUUUCUUUACAAAACUUUUCAGGCAUAUCAACCAAGUUUAUCUUCAUUUUCGCCAAACUCGACUGAAUAUGAAGACAACAGCUAUCAAAAGGACAUUGCUGCCAGAAUUAGAGGUUGGUUUAUCAUUUUUAGAUUUUUUUUUGUUUUUUAUUUAUUUUUUUUAAUUUUUUUAAAUUUAAAUUUUGAGUUGUUCAACAGUGUUUUAAAAUUUUAAAAAUUGUGCUUUUUUUCAAAUUUAAAAUUUUUUUUUUAAAUUUAAUUUUUCAAAUUUUUGUAAAAUACGAUGUAUAAAAAAUUAUUUUAAAAAAUUUAAAAGAAGUUACAGUAAUGUUAAUGCUUCAAGGCUUAUAAUUGCUUUUUUUAAACAUUUUUAAAUUUCAAAAUAUAACUCUGCACGGUGCAAAACAUCAAUUUUUUGCCGCUUUUUUGUCAUUUUAUGACUAUUUUGUGCCAUUUCGUGACAUUAGCACAAAAAUCAGAAAAUGUAAAAUACGCUUUUUUAUCUUGGUAUUUUUUAAAAAAUUUAAUUUUAAAAGUUACAAAUAUCCUUAAAAUUGACGAAAAGUUCCGAGGAACCACUAAAAUAAUCCCCCAAAACUUAAAUUUAUUCAAAAGCCCGCCGGGCUUUUUUGAAUUCUCAAACUUGAAACAGUAAAAUUCGAUUUCGGAUCGAUUCAAACCUAUUUUGAAUACUAAUACUGCCCACAUAUUUUGUUAUUCCUGCUUUGUAACGUUGAAUUCUGGUGAAACACGUAUUUAAAAUAAUAUUUUUGCUGAUUUUGCUAAAUUUUGUGCUGUUUUGAGGUUAAAUCUUAAUUUACCACGCCCAUUCUAGUGGGCAUAUUGUAGUUAUUGAUUCUUUGUAUCACCCACACUAAGAUAAUAUUGAUAUAUUAUUCCACCCCUGCACAAAAAUUAAUCUACCCCGCCCAUUAUACUGCAAAACUCUAACGUUAUACUACUUCACCCCUAAAUUACCAUAACUUAUUUGUGCUUUAAAUAUUAGGUAUAUAUAUUAGUAUAUCUACUCAAAAUGUAUAGGAAUAGCAUCUUGUAUAGUAUUCUAGAAAAACAUUACAAAGUCAUGAUUGAUAUGGGCAGUGCUCCAGGUACUCCUAACAGCGACUCCAGUGGGAGCUUAGGUAGGAUUUAA